AUGCACGGCCAGAUCGACCUGCAGAGGAGGAAGAAGAGGAAGAAGAGGAAGAAGAAGAGGAAGAGGAAGGAAAAAGCAAUUGCAGAGAGGCUUUGGUGGCGCCGUGUUGCAGCUCUGAGUAACUAUUAUAAUUAUUAUAUUACCCACUCAUUAACCACCCCCACUCGUUCACCCUCCCUCCACAAUGCCCUUCGGCCUCCCCUCCCCACCCGCCUUCCACCACGCCCUAAAAACCAUCCUCCUCCACCCAAAGCCCUCCUCCUCCUCCUCCUCCUCCUCCUCCUCCUCCUCCGCCCCCACCCCCUCUCCACCUUCAUCCCCCCCCUCGUCCCCACCUUCUACGCCAACCCCCUCCUCUUCAACGGCCACCUGCAGACCUGCUACACCGCAAUCAAGCGCGCCGACCCCUACGCCGUCCACUAUGCCCGCCGCCACCUCACAAACCCCAACGACGGCGGCCACUUCGCCGUCGACUUUGCCGUCGCCCCCUUCGACCCGCCCCCGCCCCCGCCCGCCGCCGACCUCCCCGAGCGCACGCGCCACAUGCCGCCCGCCACCCACCUCGCCAGCGACGACGACACGCCCAUGCUCGUCGCCCUCCACGGCCUCAGCGGCGGCAGCCACGAGGUCUAUCUCCGCGCCGUGCUGGCGCCGCUGCUGGCCGCCGGCGGCUGGGAGGCCUGUGUGGUCAAUGCGCGCGGGUGCGCGAGGAGCACAAUCACGACGAAGCAGCUGUUUAAUGCGAGGUUCACGGAGGACCUCAGGGUCACGGUGGGGUUUCUGAGGAGGACGUUCCCGAAUAGGCCGUUGUAUGUCAUGGGCUUCUCGCUCGGCGCCAACAUUUUGACGAAUUAUCUGGCAGAGGAGGGAGACAAGUGCGUCUUCAAAGCCGCAAUCGUCUGCUCAAACCCCUGGAACCUCGAGCUCUGCUGCAAGAACCUCCACCGCACCUACCUCGGCCAGAUGUACUCCCGCGUCAUGGGCGAAAACCUGAAGCGCCUCUUCGAGCAGCACGUCCACAACCUCGACCUCCCCGCCGCCCAGGUCGCCGCCGUGCGCGCCGGCGUGCUGAUGGACGACUUUGACCGCGCGCUGACGAGCAAGGUCUUUGGCUACGCGACGGUCGGCGCAUACUACCGCGACGCCUCGUCGGUCGACAGCCUGCUGCGGGUGCGCGUGCCGACGCCCAUCAUCCACGCGCGCGACGACCCGAUUGCGUGCGACGAGGCGGCGCCGUACGAGGAGGUGCGCGCGACGCCGUGGUGCGUCAUGGUCACGACGGGCGUGGGCGGGCAUCUGAGCUGGUUUGAGCUUGGCGGGGGGAGGUGGUUUGCUGGUGUGAUUGUGGCGUUCUUGAGGAGUCGGACGCAUCGGCGUCUGAUGCCUCCAAAGAGCUGUAAUUGGGCUGUAUUGUCUAGAUGA